GUUUCAGCGGUAUCAUUCGAUUUGCGUUAGUUGCACGUUAUCUGGCCAAGCACCCUGAACUGAUUGGCCUACACGGAGCUCGAGAAGGAUCACUACCUGGUCCAAAACUAAGUGUUACAGAACAGAAGAAACCAAAAUGCUUCCGGUGUCGCAAUUAAAAAUGCUCGCGUAUGUUUCGCUGUUUCUGGUUGUGCUUUCGACGGCCAAGUUCUGCCACGGCGAUGCAGAACUGGACGGCUCCAGUGAUGGGCGCCACAAGCGGGGACCCACUGUAGGCUUAUUUGCAUUUCCACGAGUCGGGCGAUCCGAUCCAGAGCUAGUGGAGUGGGGAGACGCUGCACUUCCUGUCGAGCUGGCCGAUGAUUAUAGAGACUAUCCUAUUCGAGAAUAUAAACGACAAGGAUUGGUUCCAUUUCCACGGGUGGGACGCUCGGGACCGAGCCUGGCUGCUCGUUACUGGCCCGUGUCGAUGCAGCAGAAACGUGCCGGAAAUUCCGGCUCUAGCAGCGGAAUGUGGUUCGGUCCCCGGUUAGGUAAACGUGCCAACGCGGCUGCCAGCGAGAUCAAAGGCAAUGAAGUUUACACCCCGCGCCUUGGCCGCAAUCUACCAGAAGCCUCCUAUUUUAGCAGACCAAUGGACUACCGACGACAAUUUCAGUUAUCGCUCCCAUCGGAAAACUAAGGCGAUAACAUAUUUUAUCCUUAUUUCUGGACGGAUUAAAUCAUCUACUCAAGUUCCACCAGGGAUGCAUUAAUAAUAAAUCAAAAUGAAACAGGCUGGGGAGAGCUUGUUUGGAACGGGUAGCGAAGCAUUCCUGAUAAACAAGCUCUCUGAAUUGAGCAUCCGAACGGAACUUUGGCAAACGAUUUGCGAACCCGUGUCCCCCACCACCGCUUAUUUGUCAAAACCGAACUGUCACAUAGCUCAGAUUGUUCUCUGAAAAUUGUCUUACUGAAUUUUUAGAAGAAGAAAAAUUAAGCCCCUAUACAGUAGUUGCUAUUGUUAGUGAUAGAAGGAUAUACAAAGUUGUAAAUAAAAGUAGACGCAUAUUCGCAUUUGCAUAUUGAAGGUAAAAUCAACCACAA